AUGAGUUACUGGGGAAGCCCAGGUGGACCACCGUCGUGGCGGCGAGCCGGGGGCCGUCGCUGGUGGUGCCACUGCUCAUCAUGGUGGCGCUGGGAUGGGUCAUCUGACAAGAGACGACAAGAGACCCUGAUGGGGUGGUACGAGCAAGUGACAGAGGUGCACGAGACCGUGACAGACAAUGUCUUGCUCCUGGUUCUUGGUGCCGGGCUCCUACUGCUCGCCUUGGCCAUGGCCGGCAACCGAAGCCAGGUGGCGCUGGUGGUGGUCAUGUUCCUGAUCCAGAACAUCGUGCUCACCGCUCUCCUGCUGCUGGCGGUGGCCUACUUCGCCGGCAUAUACUACUACCGGGCAGACAGAGGGUACGGGUACGAUGGUGGUUUCGGCGGCAAGUGGGGCGCCGGGGCACCCAAGCUGGGAUUUUACAUGCUGCUGCUGCUGUGUGCCAUGUUUUCAAACGGCAGUGGCAGCUGGUGGAUCCCAGGUGUGCUGCUGGUUGUGUGCGUGCUCUGCCUCAAUCUCUUCUCCAGCGGGAAAGUCUGGGGAUAUGAAUACUUGUGA